AUGGUCAACUGCUUUCUUAAAUAUGAUAGAAGAGUGUGCUGUUUCUUUGUUUCUUUUUUGUUGUGCUUUAUAAAAGUCGAAAUGACGCUCAUCAUGCUGAAUUUGUCUACUCCUUUGGAUUUAUCUUUGGUGUUAUAUUUUCCCCCUCUGAAGUUUCUUCUUGACGAAGAACACUGUAAUUAUGUUGUUGUUUUUGUACAUUUCCUGAAACAUCUUUUAUCAGUGUGCAAGUUAGUCAUAAUAGAAGAAUUAAAUGUAUUGCAUAAAGCUAUUUAUUUUCUGUAUACUGAUGUAUUUUAUGAGUGUUAUUUGUCAGUUGAUGCUUCACAUGAGAUUAUAUUUCUAUUAAGAUUCUUUCAUUUAUGCACAAUUUCUGAUAAGGAAUUACUAGAUUUCAGUUUGAUUACAUUUGUAAUACUUUCACUUCUGACGGAUAAAUUAAAUUAA